AUGGGAGAACUUUCCAACAAGGCUGCGAAUGCAAUUCUGUGGCCAACUUACGUGGUAGUGCUCGUUUCGGCGUGUCUCGUGGCGUACUGGUUUAGGGACUCUAAGACAUUUUUGUCCGCAAAUGGCACCCAAAAAGCCAUCCCAUUGGCGUUCAAUUUUCUAGCGUCGUCCGUAGGAGUUGGCGUGCUUUCAACUUUCCCCAAAAUCGCUAACGUGGAUGGAUUGCAAGGUUUGCUAGUAUACGCACUCUCCUGUGGUCUUCCCAUGUUUUUGUUUGCAUUCUUGGGUCCACGGAUUCGCAAAAAAGUUCCAGACGGCUUUCUGCUCACAGAAUGGGUUUUCCACCGCUAUGGGUAUGCUUGUGGCCUUUACAUAGGCUUGUGCACCAUCUUGACGCUAUUUCUGUUUACCGUCAGCGAACUUGCGUCCCUCAAGUUCUGUAUAGAAACGUUGACUGGCAUUAACGCCCUUCCCGUCAUUAUCGUGGAGUGUCUUAUCACAACGCUGUACACUUCCGUCGGAGGAUUCCGCAUUUCUUUCCUAACAGAUACUUUGCAGGUAUCUAUUAUCUUCGUCCUCAUGAUUAUUGUUGCCAGUGCUAUGGGUAAGUAUAUUGAGAUCGACACCUCCAAAAUCCAGCCUUCGGGGCUGCUGAAGGGUAGUAAGCUGGGCUACCAACUAAUUUAUAUUUUGAUCGUGGCUGUCUUCACCAAUGAUUUAUUCAUGAGCGGCCUGUGGCUGCGUACUUUUGCCGCUAGAAACGAUAAAGAUCUGCUCAUUGGUUGCUCCAUAGCCUUUUUCCUCAUCACCGCGGUACUGAUAGUCAUUGGAGUCACCGGUUUCAUCGCCGUCUGGGCAGGACUUGUCGAAGUCCACGAUCCUGAAUUAUCAGAUUCCUGUUUUUUCGUUCUUCUGGCACAGAUGCCGUCGUGGGUGGUGGGUUUCGUGCUCGUAUUUGUGGCCAUGUUAUCAACAUGCACCAUUGACACACUACAGAGUGCUUUAGUUUCGUCAAUUUCAAAUGACAUUUUCCGCAACAAGGUGCCUUUACGGUACGUUCGGGUCAUGGUCGCGGUGAUUAUGGUGCCCAUUGUGGUGGUAGGUCUUGUGGCUCAGGAUGUUUUGAGUAUCUACUUAAUUGUUGACCUUUUAUCAAGUUCUGUGGUACCGGUGCUCAUGCUUGGCUUGUUCCAGUUCUUCGACUUCUUGACUGCUUGGGAGGUGAUGGGUGGUGGUUUAGGUGGUUUGUUGUCCGUAUGGAUCUUUGGAUCCGUCUACUAUAGUUCCGUCAAGGAGGGCGGAAAGCUUCUACUGAUAUCAAACGGGCUCUAUAACAAUGACUGGGGCGCUUUUGGUGCUUUUGUCGUCGCGCCACUUGGUGGUAUCGUUUUCGCCUUUGUUGUUUUGGCAAUCAGACGAGCAAUACUGUACGUUCGUCUUCGCUCAACAACUGCAGAUACUUCUAUUUCCAGGACAAAUGAAGAUGAGCAUGAUAUGCUUUACGGUAGUUCAGCCAAAGGAACUUAUGCAACUCUAGCUGUCGAUAUAACGCCAGAAACCUCAGGCUCCGAUGACAGGCGUAAAUAA